AUGUCAGCAGAAUUCAACCAAGCAGCUGAAGAUGUGAAGAAGUUGUCAAAAACUCCAACUAAUGAAGAAAAAUUACAAUUAUAUGGUUGGUUCAAACAAGUGAAUUUUGGAGAUGUCAAUACAGCGAAACCUGGCAUGUUCGAUCUUGAAGGAAAAGCGAAAUGGGACGCAUGGAACAAAAAUAAAGGAAUGAGUAAAGAAGAAGCUGAAAAGAAUUAUAUCCAGUUAGUUAAACAAUUACAAGCGAAACAGUGA